UGCACGGCAUAUUGCUCUCGAUCUUACAUCUACAGUAUUCGAUGAAUAUGCAGUGCACAACAUGCUAAAUUCUCAUUCGUGUCUCUAUAAUUAAGCCCCUCCGACCUGGGACGGUCUCCAAUCCUACAGUCGCAUCUCCGCAGCCAGAUAUCCGUCACAAUGGCGACGCCAGGAAGCUCCGUCUUGGAUCGAUUCCUGUGUAGUAUCGCAGAUCUCGUUCGACAACGCGAUGGUGCCAAAUUGCAGGACUUUCUCCAACUCGAACCGCCGCUGUCCGAUAUCUACCAGCAAAUGGUCGUCGAGCUACGCCAACGAUAUCCGGCGGAAUCCCCACAGAAAGACGCCGAAUUACUGCGACGAUGCGAAAGCCUUGUACCGCGCUCCAGGGAGAGCAGCUCAUGGAUCGCCUUUCCCACCUUCAUAAAACUCUACUUUACCUUUCUUCGCGAUGUGAACGUCGAGAACCUCCUCGAAACCUAUAAUUUGCUCAAGGGACUGCUCAAUCAAUGUGUCCUAGCGCUAGGUGACAGCCAAAUGGGUGUCAUCGUUCUACCCACCGUCCUCUACCUGUGCAAAGUCCUCGCAAAACUGGCCAUGGGGUUGGAUCGUCGACCCGACUUGAUUGCACAUUUAUUACGUCUCGAGGGCCGGUCUAAUCAAGAUGAGAGUGUGGAGAAAGUGACAUUGGUGGAAAAAUCGGCCAACGUGGUCCGCGAGGCCUUCAUCAAGUGUCUCACUGACCGCAGCGGCACCCCAGGAGUGCAGGGAAAACCUGAAGGACGGCGCAUCGGGAUCUAUCUUAUGGCCAACUUGUGUUUGAAACUUCUUUUCCAGUGCGGCAAGCUUCGCAAUGCAGAACAGAUGUUUGCCAGUAUCAGCGCUCAAUCCCCUCCUUUGACUUACUUCCCUGCAUCGCAGCGAGUCACCUACCUCCACUACCUCGGACGAUAUCUCUUCUCAAAUAACCUCUUCUAUCCUGCGCAGAUUGCCUUGCAGGCCGCAUACGACCAGUGCCACCGUCAAGCAUUACAGCAGAAACGAGUUAUUCUUACCCAUCUCAUUCCGUGCAAUAUCAUCAUGGGCCGUUUCCCCUCCAGGCAGCUGCUGCAGCGCCCAGAGGCCCAGGGACUGGCGGAGAGGUUUGUGCCCAUCUGCCAACUGAUUGCCCAGGGCGAUUAUAUUGCCUUUCGGGAACACCUUGCCUUUGACUCGCCGGCAAACGAAUGGUUUGCUCGGAAAGGCAUUCUUCUGGCAUUGCGCAAUCGCUGCGAAAUCAUAGUAUGGCGGUCCCUGGCACGCAAGGUGUUCAUCCAUGGAGGCUUUCUUGGGGACCCUGCAGCUCAACGCAGUCCGCCACCCUACCUCUACUUGAAGAAGCUCGAAACAGCUGUCAGGUGGCUUCAGUCGCGACACGUGCAAUCAUCGCUCGGUGCGAUCAGCUUUAUUCCACCCAGUCGAGCAUUGGAUGCCAAAGCGGGCGAAAACACGGCUGGGUCGCAGAUUAUCUACAAGGCGCCGGACCCAGAUUUUGCCGACUCCCAUGACCCGGACACAAGCGGCACCGAUCGCAUCGUGUCUUCGAAAUAUGACGAUUACCUAGCCCCGGAUACUUGCUUCGAUGCGUUGGGGCAGUUACAAAAGAACCCCGCUCACACCUUGACGGACGGGGACCCGAAUGCCGAUUACAGUCAGCAUGAACUGGAUCCAUAUGCCGAUCGGACUGCAUUGGAUCCGGAGGACGAAGCUCGAGGAAAACCGACACCGAUGAUGCGGGAAAUCGAGUCCAUCCUGGCGUCGUUGUUGACCCAAGGUCUCCUGCGUGGAUAUCUCACUCAUGGCAACCCGCGGUUCGCCAUCCCCGGAGCCCGUAUGCGGGGCGCAAUACCCACAGGAUUUCCGAAUGUGUGGCAAACCAUAUAUGCUCGCGAGAGCGAGGAUGACAACGUGCCUGGGUGGGUGAAACCGCCAAAACCCGCCGCGGCGCCUGUUGGCUCCGGCGGAGGGGGUCGUGUGGUGAAUCUAUCGGGUGCGCGACCCGUAGGGAUUCAGUAGCGUGUACAUGUAAUUUCCAGUAUUUACUAGCAUUUCUUAGCAUCAAAAGAUACCAUGGCGUUUGAUAUCUGCAAUUGAGUUUAUCUUAUCGAUCUGAUAGAUCUUGGCAUGACAUCAUCC